CCCGUCGAUUGCGCAGCCGGUCAGUCAGUCACCUCUGCCCCACUCGGCACUCAAUCAAUGCACUCACGACUCGAGUCUCCCCCCUUCUCAUGGUCUAAGCUGUAACUAUAAGCCCACGUUAUCUUCCUCCCAUUCCUUCCUAUCCUAUUCCAUUCGUUCCCCAGCGCUGCGCCAAUUCCCCAAAAUGGGUGGAGAAGAAGAAGAAGGCGGAGGAGCAGGCGAGGAGUACCUGUUCAAGAUAGUUGUGAUCGGGGAUUCGGCGGUGGGAAAAUCCAACUUGCUCUCCCGCUUCGCCCGCAACGAGUUCGACGCCAACUCCAAGGCCACCAUCGGCGUCGAGUUCCAGACCCAGCUCCUCGACAUCGACGGCAAGGAGAUAAAAGCCCAGAUCUGGGACACAGCCGGCCAGGAGCGCUUCCGUGCCGUCACCUCCGCCUACUACCGCGGCGCCGUCGGUGCUCUCGUCGUCUACGACAUCACCCGCCAAACCACCUUCGACAGUGUCACCCGCUGGCUCCAGGAGCUCUCCAUGCACUGCGAUACGACUGUGGGGAAGAUGCUGGUGGGGAACAAGUGCGACCUGGACGACAUACGGGAAGUGAGCAAAGAGGAAGGCAAGAGUGUGGCGGAGGAGCAGGGGCUGUUUUUCAUGGAGACUUCUGCACUGGAUUCCACCAACGUCGAGGCGGCGUUCGAGGUUGUGAUCCGAGAGAUUUACAACAACCUACGCCGAAAGGUUUUGAACUCCGACUCCCACAAGCCUGACUUGACUGCUGUCAACACAGUCUCCCUCCUUAACAAGGGUGCCGACGGUCGGAGUUCGUAUUGCUGCUCCUCCUCAUGAGAUGAGAACCAACCCUUGGCGACAAUUUCGUAUCCAUUUUCGGAAUUCCUUACUCAAUGUAGCUUGCAGAAUCAGCGAAUUCCAAUCUACAGAGGAUCAUUUCUUUCUCUGUUUUGCUUUGGGAAGGAGGGUUUAAGUUGCUAAAACAGGAAAUCUGUUCAGUAAGGCGGCAAUAUCUAACAAAGUCUGAAACUAAAUGCAAAGAAAUGCAGGCUCGGACUCUUUCUGAUGUUGCCUGGGUGGCUUGCUAGAAAGUCCCACACACUUGUGGGCUGUGUACUGAAAUUUGAGUUCCAAAUUACUCUAAGAGACCGUUCAAAUUAUUUGGGGUACGACGAAUUUACAAAGAGAUACAUAUAGUGACUUAAUCAACCAAUGGAGGCUUC